AUGUCCUCGGCGGACGGCGGAGGAUACCACCCGAUCCCUCCACCGUUCCCGUUCUCCUUCCACCUGCUGGAGGUGACGGCGGUGUCCGCCCAGGACCUGUUCGCGAAUCCCCAGUCGACGCGCAGCUACGCAGUGGCGUCGGUAGACCCGGCUCCCCAGCUCCGCACCCGCCUCGACGCCGCCAGCCACACCGAACCCACCUGGAACGACAAGUUCGUCUCCCACGUCGACGACGCCGUCCUCCGCUCCGACAUCAUCGCCGUCACCGUUAACAUCUGCGCCGCCCCACCCCCAUUCCUCCCGGCCUCCGACACACUCAUCGGCACCGCCCUCGCCGUCCUCUCCGCCCAUCCAACGCCACUCGCUUCGUCCCCGCCCAGGUCCGCCGCCCCCGGUACCUCCCCAUCUUCACCGAGCUCGCCGCCGCCGGCGCCCCCUCCGCCGUCGUCUUCCGAGAAGCGAGAGCCGGAGCUGCUGCAGGUUCCCGGUCGGGAGCAUGUGGCGGUCGAGUCCAAGCUCGGGCGGUCGCUUGCUCUAGAUAAGGAGCGGGCGGCGCGAGGCCAAGGCGCCAAGCUAGCGAAGUGGCGGUCGGAGCUGCCUCCGCUGCCGGAUCUGGAGGGGGCCGCGGUGGCGUCCAAGCUGACGAAGUGGCGUGAGGAGCUGCCGCCGUUCCCUAAUGGGGAGACGAAGGCAAACGAGAAGGAGAAGGGCGACGGCGACAGAGGGAAGCGGCGGAUGCAGAGAAGGCGGGGCAUUGGGAGGCUGGCGUGCGUCGCCGGCGGCGGGGAAGGUGAGUGGGAGACCAAAGGGGGAAAAUUGAGGACUCGCGAGCACGAGCGCAACCGGUUUCGCCGCGAGUAG